AUGGGUACAACAACGCGGCUGCAGAUCCUGACCAGUUUUCUGUUUACAGGUGAAUUUUUAAUUUGGUUCGGGGCUGGGAAAAGGUCAGCGAUCCCAGCGCAAACAUUCCCCCCAAACUCUUGGGAGAUUUCUUUCCCUAAACGGAGCCUAAUUAAGUAAACAAAACUUCUUUACAGUUUGCCUGGCGGAGCGCGCCAUCAACAGUUAUGACCCGGAGUUUGGUGUUUACCUGGGCGAGUUCGCGGAUCCCGACGCCGCCUUGAGUGGGCAUUUGUUUUUGGUCAACGAAUCAUGCCUGCAGGUCCUCAACUUCACCUUCCAUCCGACGAGCGGUAAGUGGAAUUUGCAAGAAUUUUGGAUGACAUAAAAGUUGCCGAUGUUGGACUGGGCAUCUGGUAGUUUGAGAAAAUUGAAAUUUUCAAAAGUUUUCGGCUCUAUCAUGAAUCAAAUUUUGUCUCCAAAUUUUAACUAGGCCACAAUUUAAUUCCUAAAAAUUUUAGUUUUUACUAUGAAAUUUUAGUCGAGAUAUUCAACAAAACUUUUUUUGCCGAUAGACUGUUGAAAAUGGAGAGAGUCGGUCGGGGGGAAAAAUAAUAUAAAUAGCUCAAAAAAGGUUUUUGUAGAAAAAUUUUGACUUUCCAUUUCAAACAAGACAUGUUUUUUCAAUUUGAAAAUUACGAAAAAUAUGAAAAUUUCCACCAAAUUACGCUCCAAAAAAUUUUUCAGAGAUCAAGCUAAAUAUUUCGCAUAUGCCUUAGGAAAUAUUGGUCUUAUUUGGGUUAUGGUCCACUAAAAUCUGAGGAUCUUAUUCUGUGAUUUUUUAUAUUGUACUAGGCACACUAUAAGAAUUUCCCACUUUUGACUCAAAAAAUCCCGACUAUAUUACCCCAAGUGCCUCUUCAAAUGAUUCUUGCCAAAACUGGAGAAAUUAAAAGUCUUGUUGAUCCACUUGACGUCCUCGAUUGACUUCGCGGCCCUUUGUUUUUCGCCGACCCUCAAAGGUCACCCAAAGUCAUGGACAUCUGGCUGGCCUUGAUCCCGCGAACGGAUAAACCAGAGCCCGGGGAGGCGGCCAUAAACCGGGAAGAUGUUCCCUUUGGCGGCAAAAAUGAUAUAUGAAGACAUGUUCGGGAAGAGGAAGAUGCAAUCCUUGCAUAAUUUAUGCGAAAAAUUAGAUAAACACUUGACUACCGAUUUUUUCACCUUAAAAUUUUAAGCCAAGAAUCUAAAAGUUUACAUUAGAAAAUUUUGAAAUUGCAUAUUGAAAUUUGGACAAUGAAUUUUUGAAUAAGAUUGUUUUUUACAAUGAUUUCCUGACCUCUACAAUAUCCCGAUUCCAAUUUCAGAAGCCUUUUUCUGGAUCGAUUCGACUGAUUCACCCUCCAAAGAUGGUUUCAAAUUGCCUACAUUCGAGUUUGGGUAAAGCGAACAACCCGAAUCGCUCUAAUUUAGUGUGUCAUUUCAGCGUCACACCCUUGGGGCUUUAUGAGAACACGGAAAGAGUCGUUUUGCAUCUUCCGCAAAGGAAGAGGAUCACCGAAUUCAAGACUGUCAGUAUUUAUUCGCCGAGCGAGGUAAGGAAUCAUCAACUAAAAAAGCAGCCAAAAAAGAGCCAAAUAAUUGAAAAAAUGCAACUCUGCAAAUUUCCAGCUAAAUAAUCAAGAUUUUUUCGCAGUUUUAUGCAUUUUCAGCGAAAAAAUGUGUAAAAAUUUUUGUGAUUACCACUGAUUUUUGCUUUAUUUUUUUUAAAAAUAAGCGAUUUUUGAAAUCAGAAAGAUUUUUACGCAAAAAUUUUCAGAAACAAACCCUAGCUUCGAUAACAAUUCCCAGUGAUGUCACUGUCCCAAAAUCUCAAUUUAUUGGUAAAGAACUCUCCGGUUUGCGCUAUGGCGUCGGUUCGGGCCCAAUUCUGAUCCAAGACCGUCGUACCAUCAAGAUUUUUGCCUUUACUUUCGACGCCGACAAAGCCCCCGACGGUUAUUUCUUCGUGGGCCGUGGAGGGAUUGUGGUGCACGAUGCUGGCGUCAAAGUUCCGAUUCGAGGUCGCGACACUCCCACGGAGAUCACGCCGAUGAAUCAGCGUUAUCGUGGGGGCGAGGAUAUCAUCUUGGACCUGCCCAAGGAGUACGACAUCAAUCACAUUGACUGGCUGUCGGUUUAUUGCUACAAAUUUCGCGUCGAUUUUGGCCACGUUUUUGUGGGAAAAGUUGGAGACUACAUCCCGCCGUAUGUCCCACCGGUGAAGCGGGAAGUCGCAAAGAUUGGAGUGUGGAAGCCUCAGGCAUUGUUGGGAAGUCCCACUAGGACUUCUUUUGUCCUUCAGUUAGGCCCUCCAGGAGGAAGACGCGGAUUUCAAGGGAUCACCGGACUAAGUCCACCCGAAUUAGUGUGGUAUGUGAAUGGAUAUCUGGCUGAGAUCUACUUGAAAAGAGGAUUCAACUACAGCUUUGUGUAAGUUCAGUUAAAUUGAUUCAUAUUUUGGACUAGUUUCUUAUAAUAAAUUUCUGAUUACUUUCUUCUUAUUUUUUGAUUACAUUUUUCUUUUCUCAUGCCUAUCACAUUACCCACAGAUAUUUUUUGAUCGUUAAUUGGAUGAUUUCAGUCUGGAAGGCGGCUCGAACCAUUCCUUUUACCUCUCCGAUGAUCAAUUCGGAGGCAUCGACAAAUUGGAACCCGAUGAGCGAAUGGUAAGCCAUUUCGCCGCUCCUUUGCCUCCCGUAGAUCCCCUCUGGCAUCGUUUUUACUUCCAUUAUUACGUGUCACCCAAAGCGUGACCCAUUUUUUUGCAUUUGCCGACUCAUUAAGCCAAUUCCAACGAACUCAUAACUCAUUAAUUAACUUUUCCGUCAAUAACUAAUGCAAUUGCCGUUUAGCAGGUGAAAGUGUUCGCUCCAUCCAAGAUUCAGACGCCAUCCGACAAGCUGUGCCUGUGGGAGACGGACGAGAGCGAUCCGGACAGAUUCGAGAGUUUCGCGGAGUUCAGAAAGACAUUGCACUUGAGAUGUCUGAAUAAAGAGGCGAAAGCGACCGUCUUGAGCUUCAUGCCCGACAAGGGCACACCAAAUGUCAUCUAUGGAAAUGUAAAAAACAUAUUUAAACCGCAAAAUGAAAAGAGUCUGUUAGAGAGAAACUAACUUUACGGCUCUUGCCGAAUGUCUUAUGUUAGCGAUGGCCAAAAAAGCGAUCAAAAGUCUUCGCCGAAUACACUGCAUUCCGCGUCGGCGUAGAAAAAAAUCUUUUUAGGCAAAAAACCGCCCAUACCCUUCUUUCUACCGCAAAAAAAUUUUUUUGGAUAUCGUGGCUGAGCGCCGAGAAAUCGACGAUUACUUUCCGGGGAAUUUCUUGAAACACCCUGUACUACACUAGACCAAUAUAAUUCUUGCCAAUUUUUAAUUUUUCCGCAUUUUAAAAUUCACACAUUCUUCAGACCGCCUCGGAAUACAAUACCGGCUUCAAGAUCCAUGUUGUCGACGAAUUCCCCGCGGACAUCGAGGACAUCAACGAAGAACCCUUCGAAUCGGACGCCUGGGUGAACCGAACCAACUCCGCCUCAUCCCUCCUGCCCCACACAUUCAUCAUCGCCCUCGUCGCGGCGUGGCUUAGCCUCUAA